UGUAUCCUCUAUGAUGCUGAGAAUGCAGCCCACGCAUGGAAGAAAGAAAACCCCCGCAAUUAGAUUUUUCUCAAGUGACGUUGGUGCUUAUUUUGGUAAGGGACCUAGAGAGUCAACGCAAAAAAAGAGAGUUAACGCUAGGGGCUUCUCUGAUUGGAUUAAAAUAAGUCUUAGCGAGUGAGUGAAAUAAGAGAAGAAAUCAGGGGGAAACGGAGGUGGUGACAGUUGGCAUAGAGACAAUAAAAACCGGAACUCGAGGCGACGGUUCUCCGAGGCAGAUAUUUCUUCUUAGCACGAAAAAAAUAUUCGUGUAUCGUCUGAUAUCGGUCAAAUAUGACAGCAUUUUUUUUAUUGGAAUUUAAGCAGCGUUCAAGUCGGAUGGGGCGGGGUGAUGUUUAAAUUCCGGUAGAAAGAGAGCAAGAACACGGGUAAAGCUAAAUGGGUACCAGAAGGAAUGUAGACCCCGCUACAUACGUAGCUAUUGUAUCAGGGGAUCUGAGAAGUUUUUAUCGCGUUCUGUAAAAGAGAGGCGGUUUAAGACGGACUGGGGAGGUCGCAGGCUGGGGAGCAGCGUGUAUUUGCGGCGCACCUAACAAUGAGGACGCUAUUUGCAUUCUGUUGUCUCUUCUUGAUAACGAGAGGAACAGAUCCACCAACGGAGGGCAGGUCCCUGACAGACAACAACAACAUGAACGUGACGGCCGACAGUAACAGAAGGUAUAUACAAAUCGGGGACGGGACCUCCCAAGAAUUUGAGUUUCCCGAAAACACUAAGGGCGUGAUUGUAAUCUCCAGUCAAUACCGAAGCGCCGUAAGUACGAAGGGCCGCGAGAGCUGGAAGCAAACGGUCAAUGUAAGCUCCUUGGACUCGGAGGUUCUUUCCAUCCUGAAUGUAAGUAACAGUCAUGCGGGGCCCGUGAAGAGUUUCAUUAUCAGCAUAAAGUCUGGGUUACCGGGUCGGGCACAACUGCUCAUCCAGCUAUUGAAGUUGGACCAGGAUUCUUUCCCUGUUGUAAUUGAAGAAAGGACAGACUACUGCAUCAGGGUGGCACCUGGCAGGGAUGACCCAGCUGCCGGGCUCAUACAGUCAGGCGUGCUGUCCCACUUUUCUGAGAACCCUGUCCUAUUUGCCUUGCUGCCGCUCAUCUUCAUCAACAAGUGUGCCUUCGGGUGCAAGGUAGAGGUAGAGGUGCUGAGGGGUCUCCUGCGGAAGCCUGUGCCCCUCCUCUUGGGGGUUGCAGGGCAGUUCCUGGUCAUGCCACUGUACGCCUAUGGUCUGUCCAGGCUGGGUUCCCUGCCAAAGGCCCUCUCCCUAGGCCUGGUCAUCACAUGCUCUGCCCCGGGCGGCGGCGGAGGCUACCUCUACAGCCUGCUACUGGGCGGGGACGUCACCCUAGCCAUCUCCAUGACCCUGGUGUCCACAGUUGUAGCUGCAGCAGCCAUGCCCCUGUCCUCUGCCCUGUACGGCAGGCUACUGGGUGUCCACGCUGCCCUCCAUGUGCCCUUUAUCAAGAUCCUGGGCACCCUUCUCUUCAUUGCCAUCCCCAUCUCCCUGGGCAUGCUGGUGAAGCUACGUCUGCCCAAACUUACCCGCGUGCUGCUGGCACUGAUCCGGCCCUUCAGCUUCGUGCUCAUCGUGGGUGGCAUCUUCAUGGCCUACCAGAUGGGGGCGUCUAUCCUGGCCAACGUGAGACCUCAGAUAGUGGUUGCGGGGGUGACCGUGCCCCUGUUUGGGCUGCUGCUGGGGUUUGGGAUGGGGAAGCUGGCAGGGCUGGCAGUGCCACAGAGGAAGACGGUCAGUAUUGAGGUGGGGGUGCAGAACAGUCUCCUGGCGCUGGCGGUUAUGCAGCUGUCGUUCCGGCGGGCGGAGGCUGACUUUGCGUCCCAAGCGCCCUUCAUAGUGGCGCUCAGCAGCACCUCUGAGAUGCUCCUCAUCGUCCUCGGUCACUUUGCCCAUCGAAAGUUCUGUACCCCCACCACCCGGACUGAAACCUGAUUGUAGACCAAGUUUCUGUUCUAAACCAAACCUGUGGAGGUCCCAGAGUGUUGGCUACAAAUCACACACAACAAUAUGAAAACAAUCAUUGACAUUGACACUGUUUACACAGGACAGCGAAUGGACAUUUUAAAUCAUGUCUUUUUUCUUGAAACCAAAGGCCUUUUCCUGCUAACCCUCUUUUUUCUUCAUUUUUUAAUGAGAUUGUACUGAAGAGUACCUCAUGUAAAUAGGCCGAAGAAGAGAAAUACCUAUUAAAGAAAAUAUAUUUUUCUAUAAAACAUUUUUUGUAAUUGAAAUUAUUGAUUUGUUUACAAGAGGUCUAUGUGUCAAAGGAAUGGGAAUGGUUUUGAAAACGGAUUGUGUGUCAGAUGGAAAAGUAUGGUGUUUGAAAACUAUUGUUACUAAUUUUUUUGUUCUGGAUUCAAAUAUGGUUUUCUAAGAGUCCAUGUACUUUAUAAAGAGGAGACGUAAAGAAAUAAAAGCAUUCAUAAAAGCA